AUGGAAUGCCUUCAAGACCCAUGUUCCUUGUUUGCCGAUGAGGUGAAAGGAGACGAGCUUUUUCCCCCCUUCAGCAAGGACGCCGUACUGAAGGCAAUUCGCAGUGGUGAGUGUGCACCUUGUGAGCAUACUGCCGGAAGAAAUCUGGACGCUCGAUUGGCCGUGGCCAUUAUCAGUCCUGUGCAACCUGACCUACAUAUCUGGUGA